AAUGUAUAAAGACAUUGACAUUAAUGAGAUUGAAAAAUUGAAAAAGGACCAAGAGAUGAUGUCUUUGAAAAAGGCACCAACAAAUAUCAAAGUAAGAAGAAUUGAAAUCUUUGUGAAUAGGAACGUUUUGGUUAAUCAAAUAAAGAUUUUUUGGAAGAUGAAUUUAAACAAAAGACUGUUGGUCUUGUUACUCGUGAGGAAUUUAAGAGAAAGAGAGAGAAUAUUGAUAAUCUUGUGAUGCAGGAUAUGAAACAAAAAUAGGAGGAAGAAAAUAAAAGAAAAUUGGAACUUAAAUAAAAGCGAAAAGAAGAAUAUUAGAAGAAGACUACAUUACUGUCUUUUGAUUUAGAUAAUGAGGGUAGUCCAUAAAAAAGUUAUGGGAAGAAUGAACAUGUAGAUACAACUUAUUUACCUGAUAUGAAUAGAGAAAGAAAAAUUGAAGAGAUGACCAGAUAAUUGACAGGUAUGUGUUUAAUGUAUAUGAUUUAGAAUAAUAUUAGAAGGAAGUAGAAUCAUAAAAGGAUUCUCUGAUUGAUAUUUAAUUUUAAUAUUGGGAUGCAUCAACUUGUUCUAAGUCUUUAAGAAUUAAAAAGAAGAUGACAAUCUUAGAAUUUUUGGAAAUGGCCAGAAGAGAAAUCAUAAGAGAUUUUGGAUUUGUAUGUGUUUGUUAUUAUGGAAUAAUAGUUAACAGAGUUUAGUCCAGAAGACUUGAUCAUAGUAGCCAAUGGAAUGAUUUUACCUCAUAAACUUAGCUUUUAUGAUCUUAUAGCUCAUAAAGUUAAGAAUAGAUCUGGUACACUAAUCUUUUCAUUUGAUCGCAGAAAGGUAUUAUUCUGAGGCUUAAAUUGGUUUAAAUUAGGUUUAAGCAAAAGGAUAGGAAUAUGAAGUAGAGGUUGAGAAGUCCACCACAUGUAAAAUCAUAGAGAAGUUUAGAUAUGAAAAGAUAAAACAUAUAUAUCCAUGUUCUAAAUGGGAGAAUGUAGAAAUCAACAAAUACUAAUGACAUUUUACAAAAAUUAAGACAACAAAAUAUAAAUAUUAAUAUGUUAAACAAUAAAAACUAAAGUAAAAUGACUAAAUCUAACUUUUUCAAUACUCCAAAAGUAUCUAUAGGAAUGUUUUCUAAUCAGUAAUCCAUCAUUUCUUAAUUACUUUCAACCAAAGGAAAAUCAUAAAAUAAAAAGCAUAAGGUAUCAAAAACAACUUAUGAAUUUCAAAUAUUUAGAGCAGAUACUCCAAAUUCUCCAAUUAAAACAAAUCCAUUUAAAACUAAAUAUCAUUUUAAUACUUUAUCUCAAUUAUCAAGAUUGGAAAGCAACAAUGUUUCUAAUAAUAUUCAGUAAGAAAAAACAAAAAAUUAAGAUACUAGCUCUUAUCUUGGAGAUGUGAGUAUUAGAAUAAGAAGUAUUGAAGAUGAUUAAAUUAACAAAAUUCUUAAAAGUCUAAAAUUAAUUGGUGAACAAAUGACCCAUAACAAACAAACAUAAAUUAACUAAAGUAUUAUGUAAUAAUGGCAAAAUUAAUUAAACUAAAAUUGUGAUAAAUUAAUAAAAAUCUUAUCACUUGAAUUUAAUUCAUCCUCCAACUUUUAUUAACCCUCUAUUCAUAUUGAUAAUAAAUUGUAAAUAUAAUUGACAGAAGAAAGAAAAAAUAGACUAUUAGUAGAAGAAUAAACAAGUAAGAUUAUUCAAAGUUAAGAGUAAUAAAUUAAAUAAUAUGUAUUUUAUUAUUACAAUCUUUUUUUAGAUUGAGACUAUCAAAUUACUUGAAUAAAAAUUAUUGAAUAGUAUGUGA